AUGGUGGCGCCUCUCUUGCUCGUCCUGUGGCAGCUGGCGGGCGCCGCCUCAGCCGCCGCCCUACCCGUAGUCAUCAACACCUGGGCGUUUAGGAAGGCCGCAGAGACAGCUUGGAGAGUAUUACAGUUGGGAGGUUCUGAGUUGGAUGCGGUUGAGAGAGGUUGCGGUCAGUGUGAGAUUGACCAGUGCGAUGGGAGUGUGGGAUAUGGAGGAAGCCCAGAUGAAAGUGGAGAAACAACACUGGACGCAAUGAUUAUGGAUGGCAACACUAUGGAAGUUGGGGCAGUUGCGGAUCUCAGGCACGUAAAAAAUGCAAUUGGUGUAGCGCGAAAGGUCAUCGAAUACACUAAGCAUACAUUAUUAGUGGGAGAGUCAGCCUCCCUGUUUGCUGUAAGAAUGGGGUUUCCGUAUGAAGAUUUAACUACCCAAAAAUCUCUUUCGGUGUAUUCGAAGUGGCUUAAUCAAAGCUGCCAGCCAAACUACUGGAAGAAUGUGGUACCAGACUCUUCAAAAUCCUGUGGACCAUACAAACGACCUGAAAAAGUAAUUUGUAAAGAAGAACAGACCAUCUUGCAAAGAAGUGUUCAUAAUCAUGACACUAUUGGUAUGGUUGUAAUUGGUGGGAGUGGAACCGUUGCUUCUGGGACAUCUACUAAUGGUGCAGUCCACAAAAUUCCAGGCCGUGUAGGAGAUUCUCCGAUAGCUGGAGCAGGAUCCUAUGCGGAUAGUACAGCUGGAGGAGCUGCAGCCACUGGGGAUGGUGACAUCAUGAUGCGCUUCUUACCCAGUUAUCAAGCAGUGGAGUAUAUGAGGAUGGGAACAGACCCAACAGUAGCUUGUCAGAAAGUUAUUUCCAGAAUCCAGAAGUAUGCUCCAAAGUUCUUUGGUGCUGUUAUAUGUGCCAAUACAACUGGAAGUUAUGGUGCUGCAUGUAAUAAAAUUCCAGGAUUCACUCAGUUUCACUUCAUGGUUUCUAGUCCUUUGCUGAGUCAGCCAACUGAGCAAGUAGUAGAUUGCAUUUAAUUUCUUUUGUCCUAUUAACAUCUACAUUUAAAGGAGGAAAGUGCUAAGGUUCCCCAGGUGUUACUUUUUAAAAUGGUUGUUCAUUUUCACUGUUGCAUAAUCAUGUGAACAAGUACAAAGGUAUGUUGAUGGUGCAGCUACUACUUUGCUGUUUUUAAUAUCUUCUACUUUAUUAUGGCUUUAUGUAAUGCAACUAAGCUUAAUCUGUAGUUUCCUGAUGUAAUUAUCUUGGUAACUUAUCUCUAAAUGAUUGUAGACUGGUACUAUAAUCUAGAACGAGGUUUAAAAAACUGACUGUCUUUAGUUCGAGGAAAGUGAACAUAGUUGCAAAAUUAUAGUUAGUGCUGACCCUUUCACAGUUAGCAUAGGCAAUUCAUCUCUGUUUAAAAAUCUACAUCUAAGUGAAAUGUCUGAAAUUGAUGUGCUUCACUACUGAGGUCUCUUAAGUCAUGAAUUUAGUAGGCAUUACGUACAUCCCAACUAAAUUUCUAAACUUUUGCAAACCUGACAGUCAAACUGUGGUUCUAAAUACCACAAAAAGUUAUCUGUUGUACAUUUACUUCCAAGUAAUGCCAAGUUUCAAAGUAGAGCUUUGGUCACUGGGUAAAAAACUUCCAAAGAGAGCUCAUAAAGUGGACAAGUGGUCAUAUGUGUGCAAAGAGACCAAGUGUCUAAUGACUCUUAUAGUCUAUCUGUUUUCCUAAGAACUAAGUAGCUAAAAGUGAUGAAUAGUAAACAUUGAACUGGACCUUCACUUUGCCAUUUAAAAACAUACUUGGUAGAAAUCUGGAAGAAAGGGCAGGGAGCGUGAAAGGCUCUGCCUCUACACAUGAGACUUAUUUUGAGAAUAUUUAAUUGUCUUUCUAAGACUUAGUCCAGAUUUUCUUUUCUCUUGAAAAGAAAAUUGCAUGCAAAUGCUGACAAGCAAGGAAAGGGGGUUGGAAAGGAGUGGAGAUGAUUUCAAAGCUUUAAGAGAUAAGGAGCAUCUCCUUGUGGACCUUUCUAACUUGUUUCGCAACAGCUGAGAAUACAUUUGAAUAGAGAGGACAUCCAAACAUCCCUGGUAGUACAAGCCUUCAAGGAUUAUUGCGUUGACUCUAGCUGGAUGUGAAGACAGGUGGAAAUCUUCCUGUCACCUUUUUUUGUAGUGGAAGUCAAGUUAUGAAUCUUAAUCACAGUGAUUUCCUUGUCACUGAUAUGCUGUGCACUUUCCCUUUCCUGUAGCACAUCUACCCCUGCAAAGGAGCAGUUGCAUACCUAGAGCAUGACAGUUACCCAGAGCUGACGGAGCUGGGUUUGACGCUUUCUCUUUCUGUGUCUAGAGAUACUAGGAUUCAUUUGUAAUAGAACUUCAGCAUCUUGAGGAUUGUUCCAUAGGUAUUUGAAGAUCUGUUUGAUUGUUUUCUUAACUUGGUAGCUUGCUGAUCAUUUGAAUCUCUGCUAAACUUGAGCUAGGAAAAGUUAAAAGGGGGGAGCAAGUAAAAUGAGCAUGUCUUGUCAUAAACACUUUAAUUAUUCUUUGUCUACUUGAAUAAAAUCAUUGGGUAAUAAAAGCA